AUGGCCAGAAAAUUAAUGUCCAUACGGAAAUUGUUCAAAAUGUCCUCUGCGUGUUUAAACCAAAUACCACUCUCCAAUCCGCAAGCACACGUCAUCGUAGUCGGCACCGGCCUAGCCGGCCUCUCCGCCGCAACCCAACUAACAACACACAACAUCCCCGUAAUCCUGCUCGACCGCGCGGACCGACCUGGAGGAAACAGCAUAAAAGCAUCAUCCGGGAUAAACGGGGCUCCGACGAGAUUCCAGCCUGUGCCAGACGACGAGUUCUACAACGACACCGUCCGGUCAGCGGGGAAACCGCUUUCGACAGCAGCUGCGGAGGAUCGGGAACGCCGCGAGAGGUUGAGUUCAACUGUUACUAAUGCCUCCAAGGAUGCGGUUUACUGGCUUUCUGAUGAGAUGGGGGUGGACCUUAGUAAAGUUGCGCAGCUGGGUGGGCAUUCGAAGCCGAGGACGCAUCGCGGAGCUGGAGGGAAGCCGCCAGGGGCUUCGAUUGUUGGGGCUCUUUUGGAGGGAUUAAAGAGUAAUCCGUUUGCUGAGAUCCGGACGAGAUCGCGCGUGACGAAGGUGUUGAAGGAGGCGAGGGAGGUUGUGGGGGUUGAGUAUGUUGGUGGUGGUGAUGGAGAGGAAGCCCGAACGCUCCGUGGGCCGGUUGUCUUUGCCAGUGGAGGGUUUGCUGGUGAUGUCCGUGGAAUGGUAUCAAAGUAUAGAUCAGAUCUGGCAGGGCUGCCUUCAACGAACGAGGCCAGAGAAGGGUCUCAGCCAUUGUUGGCUGACGUUGGUGCGAGGUUGACUGAUAUGGAGGAGAUCCAGGUCCACCCGACGGGCUUCCUGGACGAAAAGGAACAAUCGGCGACGGUGAAGUUCCUUGCUGCAGAGGCCCUGCGAGGUGAAGGUGGGAUACUGCUGUUGAAUAACGGUGCGAGGUUCGUCAAUGAGCUGCAGACAAGAGAGCAUGUCACGGACGCCGUCACCAAGUCUGCCUCAACAUUGGAGACAGAUCUUCGACAAUGGGACGUUACCCUCUUACUCGAUGAGGGUGCUGCAUCUGCUCUGGACUCCCAUAUGCAGUUCUAUCUGUGGAAGGGUUUAAUGCGCAAGACGACAAUGGCGGAGCUAGCGCAGGCUGUCGUCAACACCGUUCAAGAAUACGCCGACGUGGUCUCUGGCAAGAAAGCAGACCCAUACGGCCGGGAAUUCUUUGGCAACUGGACACUCAGCGAUGUCAAACCGGAAUCUGUUGCAUAUGUGGGCAAGGUGACGCCGGUGCUGCACUUCACCAUGGGCGGAGUGCUGUUCAACGACGAUAGCCAGGUCCUCGACGCAGAGUACGAACCAAUACGUGGUCUGUGGGCAGCAGGAGAAGUGACAGGGGGGCUACAUGGCCAGAACCGUCUUGGAGGGUCAUCAUUGCUUGAAUGUGCAGUCUUUGGCAGGAUUGCUGGCAAUGGGGCAGCGGCCUUCUACCAGCAGCAUUAUGUAGGUGUAUAG